UCUUGCUAGGGUGUUCUAGUUGCGGUAAAAGACUCCUUAUUCAUAAUGAUCCAAGUUCUCAGAAACAGCAAGUAUGGCAGAAUCAAAAGUGAGAUUGAAACUUCUGAUCGAUACAAAAGGCAAAAGGGUUUUAUUCGCUGAAGCUGGAAAAGACUUUGUCGAUUUCAUAUUUCAUGUUCUCGCUUUGCCAUUAGCUACUGUUAUUAGGUUACUUGGAAAACAAGAAAUGGUGGGCUGCUUGGGAAACCUCUAUGACAGUAUCGAGAAUUUGAGUGAUUCCUACAUCCAAGUGGGUCAGAAUAAGAACAUCCUUUUAAAACCGAUGCCACCUACUUCAGUUCCUAUUUUACUUCUUAAUGAUAAGCCGACAAGGAAGAUCUUUUACAGAUGUGGUAACUGUUACAGCAGUAGUAACAAUGUUACCGACAACCCAACUGCAGCUUGCCCCAAUUGUAACCACCUCAUGAACAGGACUUUGAACUACGUUGCUCCUCCCGGCACUGUGAACAAAGGGUCGAACGAAGGCAAAGGAUUCGUGAAAGAUGUUGUGAUUUACAUGGUAAUGGAUGAUCUAAUGGUGAAGCCUAUAUCCAAUAUUUCUAGCAUUGCUUUGCUUAACAAGUUUAAUGUCAACGAAUUGGCUGCACUGCAGGAGAAGGAAGUAAACUUUGGGUUGAAUGAGAUAACAGUCUUGAACAACAACAAAAUAUACCAUCCCCGUAGUUAAAAAUUAGAUAUUUAAGUGUUGUUUGACAAGAGUUUUGAGAAGUAAAAAUGAGUUUUUUAGACUUGUUUGAUUGAUUUUAUGAAAGUGGUUCUUCUAUUUAAAAUUUUUUAAAGAAAAAGUUGGUUCGAUAUGCUUUUCUCUAAAAACACUUCCAGAAUAGAAAAGUCUUUUAAAACUUAGUUUUUUAACAAAAAUUAAAGUGGCUAUUUUAGGAAGUUCUUCUUCGGGAAGAAAAGCAAAAGCAAACACAAAUGUUAUG